AAUUCUUUCUUGCUUGUCGAGUGACGUGUGAAGUGUGAACCAAUUUUGUACUCAACGACGUCGUUGGCUAGCAGCAGGCUAAUGUCCGAAUUCCCAAGUCCAAACAGAACUAGAGGAGCCCUCACAUUGACGGUGUCGUUUUCUAUUAAACAUAUUUAAAACCCCGAGGCUGCAAGCAAUGCAGCAGCAAAAACCUACGUCGUCUGCAGAGAUGGGAAGAGCAGAGAAAGAGCAGCUUGAUCGCACUCUGAAUUUGCACAUAAACACCAUUCAUGAGACCUUUCAGGUACUGGAUCAAGCGUCACCUUCUUCCCUGGAGAAAGUCAGUUGGUACCAUGUUGUACAGAUGGGUGAACUGCUCUCCAAGCAAGCUACCAUUGUUGGAAUGCUGUGGACUGGAGAAUCACCUGAAGCUAAAGCAAUUGAGGAGACGAUGGAAUCAUAUGUCAAUCUGCUACAGGGUUUCCUUUUGCUUUCUCAUGGAAGCAGUGUUAGUGCAGGACCGACUCUUUCCUCAAGUAUCCAUGAAUCUGUGAGGCAAGUUGUUGAUUGCAGUUUCAAGUUAUUGAAGGAAUCUGUCUCUUUAUAUGAUGAGAUCCCUUCAAUAUUAGCAGGAUCUUACAAUAAGGACCGAAAGAAUUCAAUCCCACGGUUUGUUGGCACUGUAUGGGAGGCCUGUUCUGCUCUUAACAAGUGUCCCGCAACAAACAUCACAGCAAUUGGGCGGGCAAUGACACAGGUUGCAGUUUCUGUGGAGGAUGUUCUCCGUGAGAUGAAAGAGCUCAAGCCGGUUUCUUCAGAUGUAAUGGAUGAAACUUCUGACAGGGCUUCAACAAAACCAGAGAACGAGCCCCAAGAAGAAGAUGAUUUUAGUGAGGAUGAUCUAGGCAAUGAUUUAUCAGAGGAAGAAAUGGAAAUUGCUCAACUAGCAGUUGGAGUUGUGUCUGGGACACUUGCAACUGUAAAGGAACUUAUUCGUGCUAUCACAGAUUUGAUCAAGUUGGAAAACCCAGAUGACAAUGGUAAAUUCGUAGGCUCUUUGGAGAAAUUAUUGAAGCUGUGUCAAGAAGUUGGGGCACAGAUUGAUGAACUUGGGGCCUGUCUUUAUCCCCCACAAGAGCUCCCUGCCAUUAAGGUGGCUUUGGAGAAAAUAUCAAGCAGUAUUGAUGAAGUACAGUUAGAGAUGGAAAGUUUUAAGAGCUCAUCCGAACCCUUGGUUCAGUCAUUCAGCGAUUUGAGGACCUCCAUAAAACAAAUGUUACAUCAUCUAGAUUGCGUCGAUACAAAAGUUGUAGUUGACAAAUUGCAGAAUGUUGCUUUGACCAAUUAGAGAGAUGAUAAAAAUUUUGAUAUAUA